AUGUUUUUUGUGCAGAGUUCACAUGAGACUCUGGACAUAGUGGAGGAGAAGAAGCAGGCAGAGGUUGGGAUAGAAGAAACACUAGUCAUAGACGAAACCAACAAAGGGAAAAUACAAGUUGCCACUGAUGCUGGGGAAACAUGUAAGGUGGAGCACUUGACAAAAAAGGACUCUUCUUCUUUGCCAUCAGAUAGUAGUAGCAGCAGUAGUAGUGAGAGUGAGGAUGAAGAGGUGGGAGAAUACCAGCCACAUCACAGGGCUGUUGAGGAAGUCAUCAGAGAAGAACAGGAAGAAGAGGAAGAUGUGAAAAGGAAAGAGCAUGAAGAAAAAAUACAGCACGUGGAAGCCACAUCAGAAGGCAGUCAGCUAACUGUACCAGCUGAGCACACACAAGUUGCAGCUGAAGAUUUGGUUCAGGAAAAUGCAACUACCAUACCUGCAGAGGAGAAGAAUUUGUCAGAGGAAAUUAAGCAAGACCUAGGUGAAGAAAAGGAGGAGGAACAGCUCAAACUCAAUGGAGAUGUGUCUCAUGUUGACAUUGAUGUUUCACCACAGAUAAUUUGUUGUUCUGAGCCUCCAGUAGUGAAAACAGAGAUGGUAACCAUUUCAGAUGCCACACAGAGAACUGAAAUCUCCACAAAAGAAGUUCCAAUUGUUCAAACAGAAACUAAAACUAUCACAUAUGAAUCUCCACAGUUUGAUGGCAGUGCUGGUGGCGGUGCUGGUGUGCUGCUGAGUGCACAAACAAUUACAUCAGAGUCAAUUUCUACUACCACAACUACACACAUCACAAAGAUGGUUAAAGGUGGUGUAUCAGAAACAAGAAUUGAGAAACGAAUUGUCAUUACUGGAGAUGCAGAUAUUGACCAUGAUGAGGCUCUGGCACAGGCAAUCAAAGAAGCCAAAGAACAGCACCCUGACAUGUCUGUCACAAGAGUAGUGGUGCACAAAGAAACUGAACUUGCUGAGGAAGAUGAAGACUAAAAUCUAAAAUGCCCUCAAGCAAAUAUUUCAG